GAUGGAGACCAGGAAGCUCAUAACCGCCACAGACAACCAGUAUUCUGGUAUGCUGUUGAAGGCUUUGGAUGAGCAGCGAGGUCUUGGACUUUUUUGUGAUGUUACUGUUAUUGUGGAGGACCGCAAAUUUCGAGCCCACAGAAAUGUCCUCUCGGCUUCAAGCACUUACUUUCACCAACUCUUCUCAGUUGCAGGACAAGUAGUUGAGCUGAACUUCAUUAGGGGGGAAGUUUUUGCGGAAAUACUCAACUACAUCUAUAGCUCAAAAAUUGUCCGAGUGAGAUCGGACUUGCUUGACGAAUUAAUUAAAUCUGGGCAAUUGCUCGGGGUCAAAUUCCUUGCUGAUCUGGGUGCUCCUCUGCAACAGGUGAAGAACAUGUCUUCUGAUGGCAACCCCAGCACUUCAGAGCUGCCCAACCUGGAGGCAAAUGGCCCCAAAGGUCAGAAACCUCAAGCACUACCUGAGACUCAACACGUAAAACUUGGGAAGCCUAUUAUUACCGAAUCCUUUUCUUUAUAUAGGGAGCAGUGUGAUGCCACCAAGAUCACCAUUAGUGAUUCUGAUGAAGAUGACGACGUCAUCUUCUGCUCAGAGCUUGUGCCUCCGAAGGACCAUUCUGUGGAGACCAAAGUCAUAACCCAGAUUCCGCCUUGCCCAAAUCCCACUGGAUCCUCUGAGCAAACCAGCUCUAAUUCUCCGCCUCAGCCAGUGGCAAUUGCAACUCCAAGGCUUGACUCAUCUACGGUUCUGCCAAAUCUGGCUGAAAACCAAAAGCCUGUUGACCCCCUCCCUCCCCCUGCUCCAAAAGCUGCAACUCCAAAUGUUCUUGUGCUCAAUUCAUCACAGGUUGAGGCUGUACCAGAUGUUGGUUCAUCACAUGAAAUAGAGGUAUUGCCGAUACCCGAGGAGAGUCAGCAGCCAUCUACCAAUGAUUCCUUAACUGACAUGGAAACCAAUGCCAUUGAUGAGGAAGAGGAGGAAGAGGAAGAUGUGGAAGAUGAUGAUGACAUCCUUGGUUCAUCCAGUCCAGGCUCAGCAAGCAGCAGUUCUUUGGUCCAACAGCCCACUACUCCAAAACCUACUGCUGCAGCCGACAGCACAGCAGCCCAGAAGAAGCAAGUAGUGAACUUCCCACCAGAACCAGCCUCCCAGCCCAACGAGUUCAAGAUCCAAAUCUCAGAUGUUCUUUCCGGAAGCCUCAAGGACACUCCCGCAAGUGUUGCGCCAAAGCAUAUCACAGAAGGGCAGAAGACCAUCACUUUAGACAAAGCUACCGAAAUAGAAGGCUUGUCAACCGGUUGCAAAGUUUAUGCAAAUAUUGGCGAAGAUACCUAUGACAUUGUAAUUCCGGUGAAGAAUGAGGCUGAUGGAGAAGUCCGGCUGGAUGAUGUCCCCCGAACUUCAGGCAACGAUUCUGCCAACCGAAAGCGUUUGAAAGUAAAACAUGAUGAUCACUAUGAGCUCAUCAUGGAUGGAAAAGUUUACUAUAUCUGCAUUGUGUGUCGGAGAUCCUACGUUUGCCUGACAAGUUUGCGGAGACACUUCAACGUUCAUUCCUGGGAGAAAAAGUAUCCCUGCCGCUACUGUGAGAAGGUUUUUCCCCUUGCUGAAUACCGCACUAAACACGAAAUCCAUCACACCGGAGAGCGACGGUACCAAUGCUUGGCGUGUGGUCAGUGUUUCAUCAAUUAUCAGGUGAUGGCAACCCACAUUAGAUCGGUUCACAGCCAGGAUCCUUCGGGCGAGUCCAAGCUGUACCGUUUGCAUCCGUGUAGGUCUUUGCAGAUAAGAAAUUAUGCAUAUAUUUCGGGUAGCUCCAACAAUAUCCCAAUAGCGAAUGACAAUGCCCUUGUGUAUUCUGGCAGUCCCACAAAAGAUACCCCUCAGGAACCCGUACCAAACCCAACAGCGAAGCCAAUGACCUGGGAUGACAUCUUUGUUCCGCAGGGAAACGAAUCCCUCUUUAAACAAAACCCAUCAGAUGGGAGUACUGAAUUUGAGUUCGUGAUACCAGAAUCUUACUGAACCUAUUGUCGAUAGAAAUGUUUUGUUUCAUUAAAAAAGGGAGAGGAGAAAAAGCAUAUUUCUUUUUAAAUGGGCUGCUUGGAAGCAUCUGUAGAACAUCUCAUAUUAUGGAACACGUCCAUGUGCUUUUACCUUUAGCAUACGGUAGUGUUUUAAUAUUAGAAUAUUUGUAAUCUUUGAACUUGUGAAUGAAGAUUGGUCAGGAAAAAAACAAUACUUGAAUACAGGAAAAGACGUUUAGGAAGUUAGGUGUUCAGUGUUUAUUAGUAUGGAUCAAAAUCUGAAAAGUUAUUGUUUGAAGACUUUCCCCAUUAGAUGUAGAAUAACAGGAAUAUAUUUCCUUCUUGAACCACUUACUAUGUUUUUUUUUUCAUGUUAGCACUUUAAUGCUGAAAAUGGUUCCAUUGUGACUACAAAACAGCAACCUGGAUAGAUUUUCUUGUUGAUGUGGGGGGAUCUUUUUUUUUUUUUUUAAAUAGAAAUCAGUGCAUUCCUGCAACUGAAUGUUUUAAGGGUCCAAAUCAUGCUUUUUCUCAAGAAACCAAGCUUAUGGCUAAAGAGGCAAAAGUGUUUCUUUUUUUUGCUUUGAAAUAAGCAUUGUAAAACGCUCCUAAUGUAAGCUGGCCAUCUUUAAGGAGAAGGGAGACCCUUUCUUGGAGGGAAACUUUACACUUGUUACAUUUUUAUUCGAUGAUUAAAAUAGCUCAAUGGCUGGACCAUUGUGUUUCAUCUUUUUGACUUGGUAUGGUGGUCAGCCAGGAUGUCCAGUAAUAUGGAAAGAAGACAUUACAUCAGGAUCUUUUUCUGUGGAAAAGUAGGUUGACAGUUUGAAAUGAAGUUACGGUUUUCCUGUCUUACUCCUGGGGGAGGGGGGGAACUAUGAGAAAUCUAAUUUUGUAGAUUUUGCCCUGAACAGCGCAGAAGCUUCUUACCAAAGCAGCCUUGCAAAUGACGCUUUUGCUCUGUAACCGAGUUGACCGUUUUUAAAGAGAGCCUAGUUAGUUCAUUUUUACAGCAGCCACAUCAAAAAGGUUCUUUGGCAUAGACGUGCUAGCCUCAGUUUCCUUUUUGCGGUAACACUUUCCUCCGCUGCAAAUUGAUAAUAUACUUUCAAGUGCUUGGGGAUAGGCAGGGUCUCCGUUUGAGCAAGUCGCAUCACUCGCUCAAUUUGAGCAAGUCAACAAUCAUGUCGUCUGUGGUUUUAUGUCAAAGAAUGCCUUGCCUUUCUGUAAAUUAUAAUAUAUGGGGGGGCCUUAUAGAAGAUUGAAAAGGAUUGUGAUGAAUAGAGCUAGUUAGCAGUUGGUGGUUUGUCAUGAAAAUCUCCUAUUCCCAUCACCUUUUUCUUCUCCUUUUCCCAAUUUCUUAAGUCUCUAUUUUAUAUUCAAAGUAGUCAUUCCUAGUCCUUAAUUUUCCAUCAUUUCCUUUUUUUUUUUUUUUUAAUGUUGUGUUUCUGGCCAGGAAGUGAAGUUUUGCUGGGGGGGAA